AUGGCCGAGUCCCAAACCACCACCAAAGCUAUUGUCUCUCACGAGAACGCCAAUACCUAUGUCAAAGCUGUUCUCCAAGCCGUUGGCGUGUCUGAGCAAGAUGCAAUGACUAUAGCUCAUUGUCUCGUUGCUGCCGACCUUCGUGGCGUAGACACCCACGGCGUCAACCGCAUCCCGUCCUACCUCGCCCGUAUUCGCCAAGGAGUCCUCGAUCCCAAAGCUCAACCCACCAUUGUCAAUCACACUCCUGUAGUUGCUCAAGUUGAUGGCAAGAAUGCUUUCGGCUUUGUAGCUGCCAGACUGGGUAUGGAGAGAGCGAUUGAUAUGGCGAAGACUUUUGGAAUUGGUAUGGUCAGUGUGAAGCACAGCAACCAUUUCGGCAUGAGUGCUUGGCUUGUGCAGCAAGCUCUAGAUGCUGGGAUGAUGAGUUUAGUCUUCACCAACUCGUCGCCCGCCCUACCUGUUUGGGGCGGCAAGGAGAAGCUCAUGGGCGUGUCGCCGAUUGCUUGCGGUGCACCUGGUGCCGAGCAUGAUUUCAUUUUGGAUAUGGCACCCUCAGUCGCGGCAAGAGGUAAGAUCUACAAAGCCAAAAGGAGAGGCGAGAAGAUACCAGUCGAUUGGGCAUUGGACAAGGACGGAAACAGGACCGAUGAUCCCAGCGCCGCACUCGAGGGUGUCAUGCUGCCCAUGGGAGGGCCUAAGGGAUCGGCAUUGUCUAUCAUGAUGGACGUGUUCUCGGGUGUCUUAUCUGGAUCCGCGUUCGCUGGACAUGUCACCAAUCCAUAUGAUCCUUCCAAGCCAGCGGAUGUGGGUCAUUUCCUCAUCGCUCUGAAGCCCGACCUCUUCCUCAGCCCCGAUGAUUUCAAACAAAGGAUGGAGCAUCUUUACAACAGGGUCGUGAACUGCGAGAAGAUGGCAGGAGUAGAUAGAAUCUACUUUCCUGGAGAGAUUGAACAAUUAACGGAAGCAGAAAGGAAGAAGUAUGGUAUACCAUAUGUGGCAGCCGAAGUCGAAGCAUUGAAUGCUGAGGCAAGGCGAGUCGGUGCGCCAGACAUAGUUGUGUCACAGUAG